CACCUCUCUCUCUCUCCCUCAUCACUCUCUCUCUCUCUCUCUGGUUGUUCAUCACAUUCAGUUCAGUUUCAGUCAGUAGCCAUGGGAAGAGCUCCGUGUUGCGACAAAGCAAACGUGAAAAGAGGACCAUGGUCUCCUGAAGAAGACGCCACCCUCAAGAGCUACCUCCACAAACAUGGCACCGGUGGAAAUUGGAUCGCUCUCCCCAAAAAAGCUGGUCUUAAGCGUUGCGGGAAGAGCUGUCGUCUGAGAUGGCUCAACUAUCUCAGGCCUCAUAUAAGGCUUGGAGGUUUCACUGACGACGAAGACAAAAUUAUCUGCACUCUCUAUGCUGCCCUCGGAAGCAGGUGGUCUCUUAUAGCUGCUCAGUUGCCUGGAAGAACGGACAACGAUGUGAAAAACCACUGGAACACAAAAUUGAAGAAGAAGUUUUUUGCAGCAAACAGUUGUAAUGGCACCGUCAGCAAUAUUCGCGAGAGCAAUAGUGCUAGUUAUGUACCCUUGUCAUUUUUCCCCCUCAAACACCUCAAGGCGAUGCCUUUUUGCAAGGUCACAAGGAGUCAGAGUAUUUUGAGCCUUGUGUUCAGGAGUUGGAGCAAAAUAAAGCUCCAAUUUUAGGACAAAAACCUCUGAAACCUCAAGUUUCAGAUGUUGACAGCCGUUUCAUGAUGAGUGACAGCUGUGGGAUGCCAUGUUCUUUGGGAGUUUCAUCUUCUUCAGGUUGCUUAGCAGAAAAGAACCGUCAUGCCAAGUGGGUUGGAUUUGAGCGUGAUGAUCAAGAUGAUGCAAGUAUGAGUGAUUUUGUGUGUGAUGAUGAUCUCUUCGAUGGCUUUGCUUAUUAUGACCAAUGCCUCAUCAACGACGACUGCUUCCCAAAUUAAUAGCCAGAUUACCCAAAUUAAAGGGGAUGCGUUUAGUUUACUAGGUACUCAACAGCGUAAAACUGGUGUUUCCAACAUUAAAUGUACAUUCCGAAGAAAAUGGAAAAAAAGAGUAUUAUUGUAAGCGAGUAAA